AUGCGCGACGACCCCACCACCCGCGACCGACUCGCAGAUAUGUGGAUCGAAGGGCAGGUGUGUCGGCUGAUGACCCUGCGUAGCAUGUCCAUCGUCGAAUCCGAUGGCAACUUCACCUACGAAGGAUCGGCUGAGAAGGUCUUUGCUCCCGAACACGGUGUUCGGACAACAGAAACCAUCGCCCAAAUGCUGGGUCCCUACGGCCAGUUGCUCAACGGCUCCGAGGAUUCCGUGGAAGACGGCAUUUUUGCUCACAACCUGAUGGGCGCUUUCCAGAGCGGCAUCAACCACGGCAGCGUCCAGGUCAUGCGAGACCAGGUUGCCCGCCGGGGACUGGGCAUGCCCCGCGUUUAA